CAUAAAGCCGCUGUUUAUUAUAGUAUUGUUUUUACUGGUCUGUAAAAUAUUAGCUUUGAAGCACUCUGCUCUUGUGUGUGUGUGUAAAAGCCACAUCUGAACCGACUGGUUUGUCAUGAAUGGCCGUGGGGAAUAAGAGCUAAUGCUGUGGCUUGGGAAUCUUCCCAUAAAAACACACACUCCUUUGACUCCAUGACAGCCAACACCACUGCUUGGACCUGCUCUGUUUUAUACUUCGACAGGUUGCAGGGGCUCCCUGCUGGGUUUAUAAACAGUCAUGUCUGGUCUGCUGCCAUCCAUUGCUCCCAUAGCUACCUGUGAGUUGAUUUGACAAUGAAGGAAAGUGGGAUUAUUUUGGUAUUCAUUUCAGGUGUAUUGAGUGGAGACUGGGGAGUGACAUUCGAGAAUCAGUGUGCCUUGGAAGGGACGACAGUGCUUGUGAGGUGCCAGUAUGACUACCCUCUUUUUCACAUUGUCACUUCAACUCGCUGGUUUCAAGCCCGGUGGGAUUCAGGCAGGCAUAUAACCUCUGCCACCCCACACCAUUUUGAAUAUGUGGGCAACUCCUGGAAAGACUGCAGUCUGAAGAUCCAUAACAUAAAACGUGCUGAUGAAGGACAUUACCGAUUUCGUUUUGUGACGACACUGAGGAGUUGGACGAGCAAAAAUACACUUUAUCUGUCAGUGAAAGGACUGACCGCUGCUGUGGAGCCAAGCACUGUGACAGAGGGGCAGUCUGUCAGCCUGACUUGCAGGACCGAUUGCGGCAUGCUGUUGCAUGUCUGGUACCGAGAUGGAAAAGUGGUACCACACCCGGUCUUCCAGGCCAGCAGAAAGGAUUCUGGGAGGUACUACUGUGCUGUCCUCGGACAAGAAAAGAUCAAAUCGGCCUCUGUGGCUUUAAAUGUUCAAUAUGCUCCGAGCAACGUUGUGUUGUCAAUUACGCCACCAGGAGACGUCAUCAACGGAAGUGCCGUAACUCUCGGCUGCAGCGGCGAUGCCAACCCACCCAUUCCACCAACUGGCUACAGCCUGUAUAAGGGCAAUCAAUUGAUAAGUUCCGGACCAAGUCACACCAUCUCGCUCCUUCAGCCCAGUCACAGUGGACUGUAUCAUUGUAAGGCCUCCAACAAUAUCAGCUUGAAGGGCAUCACGUUUGGUAAAUCGACUGAGCUCAACCUGGAUGUGCAGUUUCUGCCAAGUGCUGCUGAGGGCAGUCGUGUCAACAUGAUGUGCAGCAACACAGCCAACCCUGCCACCCACAGCUACAUCUGGUACAAGUGGACCAGCUCCAGCUCCCUCCUCCAAGUGGGUGCGGGACAGAUGCUGUCUCUUCCCGCCAUGGAAACGCCCCACACUGGAAUCUAUCUCUGCCAGGCCUGGAGCCAACUUGAGGUCAUCAACUCGACGAAAGUCCUACUUUUAAAGGAGGAAAAUUAUUCUGGUCAUCUGUCUGUCCGAAUACUUGCUGGACUUGGAGCCUGUAUCUUUGGUAUACUUGUUUUAGCGCUUCUUUUUCUCUGGAAAAAACAGAGGAAGACAGAAAAAAAGGCGAUGUUUACUUUUCAAGAAGUCAGCUCUACCGCCACUGAAGAUCAGUCCAAUGGCAUUUAUGCCAACAUCAACUUUUAUACACCAUCUCCUCAACCUCCGGCACGAAAAUACUCGAAGAAACAACAUGAAAAUGUGAUGCAUGUGUAUGGACACAUGAAAACGAGACGCCAAUGCUCACACCCACAGUCACGUAAUAACCACUUGUCCAUUCCCAAUGAGGAUGAUGAGGUUACCUACUCUACAGUCACCAUUGACGUGAAAAAACCUCAUUCUGACGAAAACAGAUCACAAGAAUCCAGGUUCCAAAUGGGAGAGUCUGCCGACUCAGUAAUCUAUAGCACCGUGGCUAAUUCUAGCUGAGCGAGUGGCAUUUUUUGUGUGUAUGAGGUUUAAUUGAGACCUCAGAGCAUUUAAAUGCAUCUUGUAUAAUUCUACAUAUAAUAUAUAUCAAUGUAAUUGAGUUAUUUUUUUUAUUUAAAUUUGAUGACUUGUUAAUAAGAAUUUUAUAAUAAAGCUGUGUACUAUAUUAUAUUUUGCAUCAAGGAUAUCGUACUAUGAGUUACAAUUAUAGUGGUGGUGAAAAUGUUCACACGCAGUAAGUAGAAAGUACAAAAAAGAUUAAUGAAUAUACAUAUGCUGAAAAAUAAAAUGAAGUACAAAUAGGUAACUAAAUCUAAUAAAUUAUUGCCGAAUCAUAUUUAAGAUGUUUUUUUUUGCUUCAGUCAUAAUGCUGCUUCGUCACCUCCGACCUUGUUUUAUAUCGUCCUGAUUGGGUGCUGCCGCCACCUGCUGGCAGUAGUUUUACAUAAAGGACAGUUUAAUUGUUGUACAUAUUCACUUUCAAGCCUUCAUGAUGUCGAAUAAAAAAGCGAAGUUACCACCUUUGGGCUCAUAUUGUAAGUCAAGUCAAGGAGAAGAACCGGAACAGAAAGAGAGGCGUGCUGGCAAUGAAAUGCUUCGAAGCACGCGUCGGGAAAAGAGGACGAGACACGACAAAAGCUUGGGCCUUCUCAAAGUCAAAUUGCCAAAGCGAGCCAAACUGUCUUUGGCCAAACAUAGCAGCAGUCAGGAGACACCCAGUGGAAACAUGUUCACGCAACCCAAAGUUGCAGAAAUGAAUUGUGAACCUGUUGAAGAUCCUUUCUUUUUUUCACAAAGACCCCAAAGCGAAACCUGCAGCGACAAAGAGAUGAUAGCUGGGAUAGGCUCCAAUGCGCCCGUGACCCUAGUGAGGAUAAAUGGUACAGAAAACGGAUAGUGAAAACAGGCAAAGCUAUCUGUUCUCAGUACCAUCUCCAAGAUGGUGGAGGAGAACAAGCUCAUCAGGAAGCGUCUGGCCUCCCUCAAACAGACUGUCUGAUGCUACACUGGCAGUCAGAUUUACAAUUUUUCUCAAUACAAUAGUUGCUGAAGCAGAAGUUGUUUCACAGUUGAUAGUUACACUUUGAUAGAAAUUGUAUUAACUAAUUGUUAUUAAAAUGCUCUUCUGCUUCAGGUUUUUUUUGUAAAUGGAAGAUGUAACUGUUUCUAAACUAAACUGAUGCUAUAGUAAAACAAUUCAAUUC